UGGAAAUUGUUCAAUUUAAAUUAUAUUUUAGCGAAACCCCUUCCGGUUCUGAUCCAUUCCCCCGGAAACAGCUUUUUAAACAUAUAUUGUGGCAUGGGACUAGUCCAAAGAAGGGGUGCUUGCAAGAGGGAUUCUUAUGAGGCUGGCCAAGGUGACCACCUCACUCUUCUUCACUGGAGAACCUGCUGUGUGCAUCUGUGUAUUUUCUACUUUCGUUCCUGAAAUUUAUCGUUAUUUCUUUCCCCAUUACAAGGGGGAUCUCCUUCCAUCGAUCUCAAAUACUGGUCCUGUCGUGUCUCCUAUUGUACUAACUCCAGGGGAUCCAAAUAUCUCCAAACCAUCCAGAAACCAUCAUUUGCUGCAUCCCUGUGUCAGGAUCCCGCUGUCUGUUUGUGGGAACACAAGAUGGCUACUGAACCAGCGCCUAAGGCGGGAUUCAGCCUCCAGUUCCAGGCAGCUUUGGAGAACUGGAUGCUGCCAGGGCUCAAAAUUCAAGAGCAAGGCUUUGCGAUUCCCAAAGCUAGGGAGGAACUAGGGGACGCAGAGAAGCCCUCGCGGACGCUCCACACCAUGAGAGUCAGGGGUUCAAGUCAAAGAACACAGGUGCCACCAGUGAAACAGGAGCGAGGUGACCUGCUCCUUCAGCAAUGGGAAACUCAAUGGCAGGAGUUCUUGAAAAUGGUGGAGUCCCCCCAGUCAAAAUGGGGGAUGCCGCAGCAGCCGGAGGAGCCUUCACCAUGGGACGACGUGCAGGGCUUCCUGGCCGCUUUCGAGCAAGUGGCCAGAGCGUGUCGAUGGCCCAAGGAUGAGUGGGUGGCCCGACUCCUGCCAGCGCUCCAAGGAGACGCUGAGCGAGCCUUUGAGAAAAUGGAUGCCAGAGACAGAGAGGAUUAUGGGAAGGUGAAGGCGGCCAUUUUGGAAGAAGACACCCUGAGCCGGGAGCAGAAGCGCCAACAGUUUAGGCGUUUUUCCUACGAGGAAGCUGAGGGACCCCGAGGGGUUUAUGGCUGCCUCCAGGAGCUUUGCCAAGGGUGGCUGAAGGUGGAGAGGCACACCAAGGAGCAGAUCCUGGAGCUGCUGAUCCUGGAGCAAUUCUUGACUGUCCUUCCCCCAGAGAUUCAACACUGGGUCAGGGGAAAGAGCCCAGAGACCUGCUCACAGGCAGUGGCGCUGGCAGAGGGUUUCCUACAGAUGCAAGAGCAGAGGCAGGGGCAGGAGAUGCUGAUACCAUUUGAGGAGGGAGAGGCAAUCCCUCUCUCUGAGGCAGAGCGGGUGUCAUCCGACAGUGGAAAUGGGCAGUUGUGCUGGGAUGCCAAGCAUGAGGAGGAUGGGGGACAUGUUGGCUCCGCAGGACAAAUGAAGACUAGUGAGAUGGAAAAAUACAGGCCAGAAAUUUCAGAGCAAGAGGAACCAUGUGAGGCAUCCAGUCAGAAUGCGGAAGAAAACCCUUCUCAGUUUCAAGACCAAGAAAGCACCUCAGAGAAUCAGUGUGGGAUGGAGUGUCCAGAGAAAACUCUUCCAGGAGAGAGAAGCAAUGAACCUCUCCCUUGUAUAAGAGGUUACAAGGAGCAAAAUCACCAAACACUCCACGCUGAUCAUUGGCCACAGAGGGAGACCAGAGUGACAGAGAAACUCAGAAGUCUCUCAGAGCAUCCAGAACCUAUCCAUAUUAUUUUAGGAGCAGCAAGGGAGGAUAUUUUUCAGGCUGAUAAAAUGGGAGACCUUUUUUGCAGAAGGUGGCAGGAAAGAAACAUCACAAGGAGAAGAAUGGGAAAUACCAUUUCAUUGAGGGUGGAGGAGAAGCUGACUAGCGAAGAGCCGCUAUGGCAGAAACGAAAGGCUCUUGCCACAUCUGAGAAAGUUUCGAAGCUGGGAUCUAGCCAUCGUAAAUGUGAGAGACAUCAUACAGGAGAGGCACCUCACCGGUGUGGCGAGUGCGGGAAGAUCUUCAUUCACCAGAGAAGCCUUCAUACGCACCAGAGGCUACACACCGGUGAGAAGCUCUAUGAGUGUUCAGAGUGUGGGAAGAAAUUUCUCAGCAAAUCUAAGCUUGUCCGCCACCAGAGACUCCAUACUGGGGAGCGGCCCUACAAGUGUGCCUACUGCUGGCGGAGCUUCAGUCAAAGUUACAACCGGACGGAGCACGAACGAAGCCACACUGGGGAGAAGCGAAACAAUUGGCCUGUGCGGAUGAGGAACUUUGACAGUAGUUCCUGUAUUACGGUGCACGAAGGAACUCGGAAAGACAAGAAAUUGCUUAAAUGUUCAUAUUGGGGGAACGGCCUUCCUUCAACUUCUGUGGAAACUUAACAUGAUCCGGGUGGGAGAAAACUUGUGGCGUGUUGGGAAUGUGGAGGAAGACACUGUCAUCAAAGUUUUAAAAAGUGGUCACCUUUGUCUGUGUGAGGGCAUGCUAAUGUCAGAGAUGGGUGGAGCAAGCAGGAUGGAUAUCUGGUUAGACCCUGGGAAAGCAUACAAGGUUAAGAAAAGAGCCUCAUGAAGGAACAGUAUGAAUAGAAAUGCACUGCUAGUAUGUGCUGCCUUGUGUCCCUAUACAGUAUUGGGAGAAUGACAGGAUAUAAGUAAAUAAAAUAAAUAAUAAAAAUAAUAGACCUAAGGAAGGAAAAGGCUUCAUGGCAAGGAUGAGGCUAGGGCAAGACACACUUUCUGCUGGAGACGAAGAACAAGAUGGUGCUUCCUCUGAUUCUGUGUAGAAAAGGCAACCGAUAUUAGCUGCUCAGUCUUAUUUCAGUGCUGCCAAUGGGGCAGGAUUCCGUACUGCACCUCAGAACAACAGCCUGGCUGUAGGAACAAAGUUUAACUAACAGAGUAAAGGCUGAGUAACAUUACAUGCACAAGAUUCCACGCCCCUCUUGAUUGGCCACUUGAGGCAGCUGCUUCAUUGGGCCUAACAGCAUGGCCAGACUUGGCUAAGGAAAACAUGGAGGGAUUAAGGAAGAGGAGAAGGCCACAGGGGGAAGGAUUUGAGUGAGGAAGGACAACUGUGGCUGCAUCUGCACUGCAGGAAUAAUCGUUUGAUAUGCCAGAGUUCAGUGCAAUAGGAUUCUGGCAAUUGUAGCUUUUUUAAGACAUUGACUUUUCUGUGUCAGAGAACAAUGGUGUCCCAACAAACUACAGUUCCCAGGAUUCCAUAGCAUUGAGCCAUGCCAAUUAAAGUGGUGUCAAACUGGAUUACUUUUGCAGUGUGAAAGCAGCCUGAGAGGCACAAAAUAUCAAGUUCUCGGAAGUCUGCAUUUCAUCCUCUCUGGGUUUUGAAAAUACAGUACUGUAUAAUAGGGCCAAUCUCGUUGCUCUCUCAUGUAUUGAGAUAUUGAGCUUAAACCAGCUUCUUGAUGCCAUGUAGACAUUGUGAUAUUGUUGUGCUGUAGUUACAGCAAGAUGAAGGAUCCUGUGGCCCGCUAGAUAUUUUUGGACCAGAAUUCCCAUUAUCCUUUACCACUGGUUACGUUGGUUAGGGUCCAGCAAUAUCUGGAAGGCUACAUGAUGCCACCACCACCACUACUAUCCUGGGCUAAGUCUCAGGCUAAGACUUAAGGGAGGAUUCAUUUUUCAAUAUUCACUGUCACAAAGUUGAUUGAGUGACUUUGGUUGGGCCAGUCAGUCUCUCAGCAUGGUCUACCUCACAGGAUUCUUGUGAGGAUGACAGUGGAGGUAAGAACUGUGUCUGCUAACUUGUUGAAAGUGUUACAUGUAAACUUUGAAUGUGGCUUUGAAAGUCACUCCUUUCCAUUUUAAAUUCUUUUCCAUUGUAAUGUGGUUUAACUAGUUCCGAGGUAUUUAAUUCAGCCUUUUGUUAUACAGUGGUUCCCCCACAUUCUCUGCAGUUAGGGGUAAAAGACCCCUGUGAAUGUGGAAAAAAUGCAAAUAAAAAACCACUAUUUAUUUUACCUGAAAAAACACCUUUCUAGGAAUCUGCAGGUCCUGCAGUGUAACUUCAUGG